AUGAGCGACGAUUUAGAAGACUUUGAGGUCCUGCUAUCGCAGGAUUUCAGUGCAACACAGUUUUGCAAUGAUCUGCUUAAGACUACCAAUCGACAGCCAACCACCACUGAACUGGAGCUUGGAACGCCAAUGAAAAAAAUUCGUUACGAUCUCGAAGAGGUGGAAUCUAGAAUCACAGAAACAAUCAAGAAUAAUCCAGCUCAUGUUCUAGAUCAGAUAUAUAAGAGCAAAUCUUUGGAGGACGUGGCGAGAAGCAACAUUAAACCAAGUUUAGAGUACUUGGAUAUCUCAUACAAAAGACUACAGCAAGAAGUACUGGAACCUUACGAGAGGGCGCAAGUUCUGCAAAAUGUUUUGAGCAAAGUUCAUCAAACUUCCCUUUUAUUGCGUGAUGGAGCGAUUUACAUCCAUUUGGCAAAUAGAAUUCAGUUCAUUACCAGUAAGCAAACACACUACUCGAUUAACACAGCAUUGGAAUUGGUGACCUACUACACACAGAUAAAUUUGAGCAUGAGUGAGAAUGUGAACCUUAAAUCGCUAAGGCUGAUCAAACAGUUAGAAACAGAAGUGGUAAUACCAGUAAGAAAAGAACUGAUAAACUUCCUUUCUCUUACUUUGACCAAGACACUUGCGACACCGGAACAAGUUCAAAAAGAUCAGGAAAUUAUAUCGAAACUGGCCAAAGCUUUGCAUAAUAUGUCACAGAGGGAUUUCGUCACGACAAUACAAAAGGCCGUUCUUUCACAUGUUGCUGUGACCGUUCAAGCUCUGGCAAAAACAAUAAACUCCAUCAAAGAUUUCCCAGUCGCACUUGAGGAUGCAAUGAAGAGGAGUAUGGCUAUCGAAUCAUUAGAACUGAUACUUCAUGAGGUCAAAGUGGAAAAGACAAGCCUCUUGGCCGAUUAUAUGUUGCAAGUAAAGCCAAAAAAUGUUAGACCUCAUCAUUUAUUCUGGAAAAAGGUUUCUGAUGCAUUCAAGAAAGAAUUCGACACUUCCUACAGCAGAGGAGGGCCUGUCGGAAAAUCUCUAGCACGUAAUGGAGGUAUGAUUAUCGAUACCAUAAAACAAAGAAUGGCAGACACUAUUACCAAUGACGCCGAUUCACAAGAUAUGGAUGUAAUGCUACAUGCAGUUUCCAUUAUCAACCCGCAAGCCGAAACUAAUUAG